UGUGAUGUUCAGCUCCUUCUCCAACUCUCAGCUCUGUGGAUUCACACCUGUUCGGAGCAUCAUUUUCUCUGUCAUCUCGGCAUCAGAGGCACUGCACUCAGCCAACCCACCUGCAUAUGCAUGUUUUCAGAGGGCUGGGGAUGGACAGUUUGAACCUGGAGGCUGGUGACACUCAAGUCCUGGUGAGAUGUCCUUGAGUGGCAACACGAGCCAGUCUUCUCCGUCAACAACAGCUCUGCCUCUGUCCUUCGACAGCUCCACCUCUCCACAUUCUCCGCCGUGGGAGGAGGGUAGAACCAGUCGUGAGUCUGUGCAGGAGUGGCCGGAGAAUGAGACCCAGCUCCUCUCAGACCUCGCUGUUCUCAGGCAUUACGAGCAGUGCACUAUGUCUCCUGUCCUCACAGCUUGUCUAGUUGUGUGGUACAGCAUUACAAUGGUGCUGGGGCUGCUGGGGAACAUCGGCCUCAUCUGCAUCAUCACCCGUCGACGAGAAAAAGUCAAUGUCACCGGCAUUUUCAUCUGCAACCUGUCAUUCUCUGACAUUCUGGUGUGUGUCUUCUGCCUCCCUUUCACUGUCAUAUACACAUUAAUGGACCAUUGGGUGUUUGGGUCGCUGUUGUGCCGGUUGGUGCCAUUCAUCCAGUGUGUGUCUGUGACUGUGUCUGUGCUGUCUCUGGUGUUCAUCGCUCUGGAAAGACAUCAGCUCAUCAUUAACCCCUCUGGGUGGAAACCAAGCGUUCCUCAGGCCUACAUUGCACUUAUUCUCAUUUGGAUUCUGGCCUGCUUCACCUCCUCACCUUUUUUGGCCUUUCAGCUCCUCACAAAUGAGCCCUAUGCCAAUGUAAUGCCAGUCCUGCCCCAGUCUCCACUCCAUCACCAAGCCUCUCCUCAGGCUUAUCAGAAUACAUCUCCACCUCAACCAGUUUCCUUCGCAUACAAAAACUCAUCUGCGCUUCCAAAUUCAUACCGCUCUCUCUUUUCCUACAUCCCUGCCUCUCCACACAUGGAGGCCUGUCUGGAGCAGUGGCCAUCCCAGCAGCACAGGCUCGCUUACACCACGUGGCUCCUGCUGUUCCAGUACUGUGGUCCACUAUUGUUGGUCCUGCUCUGUUACGUUCGAGUUUUUGUGCGGCUCCGCCACCGCAAAGACAUGCUCAACCGCGCCAGGACUCCAGAGAGCCAGCGCAUGACCCACAGCCGCCGGAUCAACAUUAUGCUGGUUGCCCUCAUUACAGCCUUUGCUCUUUGCUGGUUGCCUCUCACCACCUUCAAUGUGGUAUCAGACUGGAACCAGGAGGCUCUUCCCAUCUGCCACCACAACCUGCUGUUCUCCCUCUGCCACCUGCUGGCCAUGUCCUCCACCUGCAUCAACCCCAUCAUCUACGGCUUCCUCAACUCCAACUUUCGGCAGGAGGUGAGAGAGGUGCUCCUGCACUGCCGCUGCAGCCCACUCGAAGAAGAGUGUGAGCGCUUUCCCAUGUCCACCGUGCACAUGGAGGUGUCCCGCACCUCUAUGCCUCUAAACUGCAGGAGCAACUCUGUUUGA